GAGGAGAUUCGGUUACCGGAGGGCGGGCUAACAGCUCAACACCAUCGAGGAAAUAAUGUAGACUAGUGCGCACAACGUGAAGACGCACAGCAGGAAUAAGAUCAUCUGCACUCUUUAUUAGCCUAGAUCAUGUAAUUAUCCGAUGGAGAAAAUGAUCCACUUUUACGCAUAGCAAUUAAUGUGACAAUCAGCAGGUUUUUACUGGUGCCGUUGGUCAUGCAUUUUUCAGACACCCCACGAGAAUCGAGUUUCGCCCGUGGGAACAACUCGAACACCUGAAUCACCUGCGUGAUCUUGUGAAUGUACGUGAAGUCUUAGCGAGCCAGAGGAGUUGACUGAGCAAGGAACGGGACACGCGAAGGGCGCACGACCAUGGCCGCAGUGCCGCCGACCUUUGGCUUCACGCAGGAGCAAGUGGCGUGUGUGUGCGAGGUGCUGCAGCAGGGAGGGAGCAUCGAGCGCCUCGGCCGCUUCUUGUGGUCGCUGCCCGCCUGCGAGCACCUGCACAAGAACGAGUCCGUGCUCAAGGCCAAGGCCGUGGUGGCUUUCCACCGAGGGAACUUUCGCGAACUCUACAAGGUGCUCGAGAGCCACCAGUUCUCGCCGCACAACCACGCCAAGCUGCAGCAGCUGUGGCUCAAGGCGCACUACAUCGAGGCAGAGAAGCUGCGCGGGCGACCGCUCGGCGCCGUGGGCAAGUACCGGGUGCGCAGGAAGUUCCCGCUGCCGCGCACCAUCUGGGACGGCGAGGAGACGAGCUACUGCUUCAAGGAGAAAAGUCGCUGCGUGCUUAAAGAAUGGUACUCCCAUAAUCCUUAUCCCUCACCCAGAGAGAAACGCGAGCUGGCCGAGGCCACAGGGCUCACAACCACGCAGGUCAGCAACUGGUUCAAGAACCGCAGGCAGAGAGACCGCGCCGCUGAGGCCAAGGAGAGGGAAAACGAGGGCGCGAAUCAGAACGGGCACAACCCGCUGCCGUCUCAAAUGACCGAGAGCAAAUCCCAGUGCGAGAGCUCGGACGACGAUAAAUCUCCGCCAGGGACCCCAGAUCACCCGUCCAUGAGUCCUGCUCUGCUGCUGCCCUCCAGCUCGGGCCUGCCGCCGCUGCACAGCUUCGCGCCUCCGGCCGGACCCAGCGCCUCCGACACGCACCAUCCUCAUCCUCAUCCUCAUCUUCAUCAUCCUCACCCUCAUCAGCAGCACAGCCACCAUGAGCAGCAGCAUCUGUCCAUGCACGACGGCCUCCUCAACCCCAUGGCGGCCAGCCUGGUGGACCUGGGCUCCUAACGAUUUAGAUGGUGUUAGAGCGCAUGAUUACAAUGCGUAAAAAGACCACUUAACUCCUGAAACCAAAGAAGACGAAGACACCCGUGCACUCAUUUCCCAACUGUUAUACAGAAAAUGCGGUUUGUUGAGGGACUAUCUUUACUGAAAUGUUCUGUGUUGGGACACCGUGUAGUCUUACAAAACCAGUAACCCAUUUCCAAAAAAAGACCAAAGAGCUAAGGGCGACGUCCAUCUUGUUUGUGCCUUACAUGCAAGAAGAGGAGGUACACCUUCAGCAUUAAGCCUACGUGAUAAGUCCUUAUAAAUCACCUGAUAGUUUUUGAUAUAUCUUGCUAUACAUGAAAUAAUAAAAUAUACAGCUAUUGACUAAA